AUGCCGUUGCGUCGACUGAUUGUGGCCAUUGAUCCACUGUCCAUUACCAAUCCCGAGCCAAUUCUGGACGCUUGGAAGAAUCAUACCAAGCUCAAGAUUACCACUUGGACCGGGAAUUGGUAUUGGAAGAUUAGCGAAUGGCAGGAUCCCAUAUUGGACAAGAUGCCACCAAUAGGGGACAAAGUCAUUGAUGAUACCAAACUUUUACGACAGAGCUCAUUUUAUACCAAUUGCUUGCAACGAUUGAAAAUGGAAGGCUUCUCUUGGACAGUAAUCAUUGAUACUGACGAGUACUUUACCUAUAAUUCGAUUAUGUCAGCCGAGCUGAUGCAUAACAAAACUAUCCAUGAUGGAGUCUUGAGUGCCGAGAGCCGAAAGCGGUUGCCUUCAUUUGUUGGGAGACAGAACGAGACAAUUGCUCACUGGAUCCACCAGCAUGGUACCAAGGAAAGUGUAAUGAGCAACAAAAGCCUCUGCAUUGUAUAUCCUCGGUUACAGUUCUUCUCCAAGGUGGAAAACAAAGAGCAACUCGACAAUGGCUCAUUGCAGCUCCCGUUUGGCCAAGUUGCUUCACGCGGAGGCAGCAGCUCAACUCCUCGUUUUGAUUUGGAGGCUUUUCAUACGCUGCAGUACACCUCCCAUGACCGUUUUGAUAGAUCCUUCAAAGGUGGAAAGCCUCUUCCUGGAAAAUCGCUUGUCAAUGCAGCUUUGGUAAAGGACGACUACAAGGUCAAGAAUCCGCAUGCUCCCUUUACCUUCAAAUGCAAAGGGGAUGUUUACAGCCAAAUCACGGAAGGCUGGCCAUUUCGAGUCCACCAAUACAGUGGAUCCUUAAAAGUAUGGUUAUCUAGACCAGAACGGACGAAAGAAAUGUGGGAGCAACGCAACAAACUAGAACAUCAGAACCAUAACGACCAUUCGUUGACAAAAUGGUUUCCUGAGUUUGUCCGAUUGCUCGAAUCGGAACAGCAGCAGCAGCAGCAGCAGCAGCACGAGGACACAGACGAUGCACUCGUCUUGGCAUUUCGUUUGACACAAAAGGCGCACGAUGAUGCCUACGAUGAGACUAUGGACAUUUUUCAUCGACUUACCUUGAAUCAGACGGUCCCUCCAAAAUAUGAGUGGGACAAGCCGCUUGGGGAUAAGCGGAAAGCCAGCCGUCUGAUCCAGGAAUUUCAAAGGGACUUGGCACCGUAA